UGCGUGAGUGUUUGUGUGUGUUUUCUAACCAGCUGAAAAUGGCGGCGGCCCGGACCGUCGACAGCUCCUAACUUUUAUCGCACAAUAACAAACACCUUAAAAAUACUGGGCUUUUUUCCGCAUAACAUGGGGAGAAACCGUAUCCGGAGGCUACAGACGCGUUAGUCGGGACACAUUACUUCCACCACACCGUCUUAGCGGAGUUUAAACAUAAAGACUAUGGAGGAUCCUCACACACGGUACAGCAAACGACUGCGGACGGCUCCUCGCAGGCAGUACCAGGAUGAUGGAAUCUCAGAUGAUGAGAUCGAAGGCAAACGAACCUUUGACCUGGAUGAGAAGCUGCAGUGUGAGAGGUUUGGCAGUGAUCUCGUCAAACACAUGGAGGGUAAAGAUUUUACAUAUGAAUAUAUACAGAGAGAAGGGCUCAGGGACCCCAUUAUUUUUAAGACAACCGAUGGGCUCGGUAUACAAAUGCCAGACCCAGAUUUCAGUGUGAGUGAUGUCAAGUUAUUUGUCGGCAGUCGACGGAUUGUAGAUGUUAUGGACGUGAAUACCCAAAAGGGAAUUGAGAUGUCUAUGGCUCAGUGGCGACGCUACUACGAGACGCCRCCAUCGGAAAGAGAGAAACUCUACAAUGUGAUCAGCCUGGAAUUCAGCCACACCAGGCUGGAGAACCUGGUCAAACGACCAGCAUCAGUGGACCUUAUUGACUGGGUGGACAACAUGUGGCCUCGUCAUCUGAAGGAGAGACAGAGAGACUCCACUAAUGCCAUUAUAGACAUGCAUUAUCCCAAAGUACAGAAGUACUGUCUCAUGAGUGUGCAGGGCUGCUUCACAGACUUCCACAUUGACUUUGGGGGAACUUCAGUCUGGUACCACAUUCUGCGAGGGGCAAAGGUGUUUUGGUUGAUUCCACCAACGCCUCAGAACCUGGACAUGUAUGAGAACUGGUCGUGGGACAUGUGUUUAGAUAAAAGGCUCUGGGCCCGAAUUGACCUGAGCAUCAAGCGCACUGUGACCCCUCAGGCCCUCACAGGCAUCAUAAAGAGACAACCCGUCACACUCGACCUCUCCUGGACGAACAUCUCCAAAAAACAGCUCAACUGGCUGAUUGGCCGCCUGCCUGCUCUCUGCUCCACCGGCUGUCCCCUCCUUCGCUCUCUGGACCUGCGAAACGCRUACGGCGUCAAAGACGCACAGAUCAGGGAAUUGGUCAUACCUCCAGGCUGUGACAACCGCAGCCAGCUGAGGAGCAUGCAGUGCUUGCGGCUUGCAGGUCUGGACAUCAGCGACCCCACUCUGCGGCUGGUGAUCCGCCACAUGCCCCAUUUAACUAAACUGGAUCUGUCCCACUGCAACAGCCUCACCGACCACUCCAUCAACCUGCUGACCGCGGUCGGCUCGUCCACCCGGAACACGCUGACCGAGCUCAACCUAGGAGGCUGCAGCAAACUGACAGACGCGUGUUUGAAAUACCUGCGCCGCCUGUCGUGCAUCUCUCUGCUCGACCUGCGAGGCUGCAAAGGAGUCGCCAGAAAGGCCUGCGAGGCCUUCAUCUCUGAGCUGUCGGUCAACACACUCUACUGCCUAUCAGAUGAGAAACUGAUCCAGCGGAUAUCCUAUACNUACCCGUUUUACUAUGAGAUGUGCUGGUACGUCAUAGAGAGAUACCUCUUCUGUCUGACCAACAUCUCCCACCUCACCCCGGAGUUCCAGAAAUAUUCGCUUGGCAUUGGACUGACUCGAGCAGAUGUCGGAAAUAACGAUCCCCCCAUUAACGGCACCAACGAGGUCGACGGUGAGGUUGAAGAAAAGCCRGAGGURGAAGAGAUCAAGGAAGAAGAGGGCGAUGAAGAGCUUGAAAACAAAGUAGGAACGACUCGGCCUGUGCUGACGCCUUUCGAACUGGAGGGACUGUGGAACCUUUUAGGGAAGCUGGAGGAGCUGCCAGCCCAUAAAAAGUGCGUCCCUGCAGGAAUCAGAAAUGCUGCAGCGCUGCUGGAGGACAUGAGGGCUGUUCUAAGGGAGCGUGCCGGUGACGACAUCAAACUAUCCUGCACUGGAGAGCCGAUCGUCAAGUGGCCUGAAAGGCCGUCAUGGUACCAGCCSCCCACGCCACCAGCACCUGUUAUUUAUCGUCCCCGCCUGGGUCCGUCUCUGCACAAAUCUAAGCGGUCUACCAAACACACUUCCAUUUCGGCGCUGCGGCGCAGGCGGGUGAGAUGCAAGCGAUGCUCCGCCUGCUGCAGGAAGGAGUGCGGGGACUGCCAGUACUGUCUCGACAUGAGAAAAUUUGGUGGUCCUGGACGCAUGAAAAAGAGCUGCGUUAUGAGGCAAUGUCUAAUGCCUGCUUUGCCAAACACAGCCCGAUGUGCCGUUUGUGGAGAAGGAGAGUUUGACGAAUCAGAUCCCAGUACGUACUCUUUAAUGGAGUGCACCGCAUGCUCGCAGAUCGUACAUCGUCAGUGUGUUAAGGAACCCGGUGAGGGGAAGAUCAACAAGGACCUGCCCAGCUGCUGGGAGUGUCCCAAAUGUUACCAAGGGAAUGACUCUGACUCAGAGUCUUCCAGUGAGGAGGAGAGUGAGGACUCGGAGGGCUCCACAUUCAUGCCACAGUCUAAACGUCCGUAUCAGGAUGACGUUUGCGAGGAAGGUCCGAGUCAAGGGAAGCAAAGCCGACUGCACGGCCGACAAACGGCGCCGCCUCCCUCCCAAAAGCUGCUGCUACAGCAUCAACAGAGUCGCAAACGAGAGAGUGCACUGGAGCACAGACUUAAGAAAAGGAUAAAAAUGGAGAGGAGCAAACUUUUAAGAAAACAGGCGUCUUUAGAUCGCUCUCCCCGGUUCCUGAGCUCCAGGAUGAUUUCUCGCUUGCACUCUCCAGUCAACAGACUGUCUCAGGGCCAAAUCCGGGGCUCCGCUUGGGCAACUGGUUCGUCUCACAGCAGCAUUCUGGGAGGUAAUGGAUCGUUUGGGCAGCAGAAGUCCUCCCACGGCCUGGUGCUUCAUUCC